AUGCCGAGCCAUAAAUCGUUCCGUACCAAGCAGAAGCUUGCCAAAGCCCAGAAGCAGAACCGCCCCAUUCCCCAAUGGAUUCGUCUGCGGACCGGAAACACCAUCAGAUAUAACGCCAAGCGGAGGCAUUGGCGCAAGACUCGUCUCGGCAUCUAG